AUGUCUGAUGUAUUAAAACGUGGUGUAAUGAUAAAAGAAGGAAGUAAAGUGAAGAAUUGGAAGAAGAGAUGGUUCGUGUUUCAUAAUAAUGGGAUGUUAGAUUAUUUUACAGAUAAAAAGGAAACCGACCAAAAAGGAAGUGUUGACAUGAAUAGAGCAAGUUCUUUAAGAAAAACAGAAGACAAGAAAAGAAUUAUGUUAGAAAUAUUAUUAGAGACCAAAGUUUUUCGAUUAGCUUUUGAUUCAGAGAUUACUCGAGAUGAAUGGACAACUAUAUUUCAAAAAUUUAUUGAUGAAAAAUGUGGUAAAAUAGAUCAGUCUUCAAAUGCAUUAAAACCUAAACUAGAGGAUUUCGAAACACUAAAACUUAUUGGUAAAGGAACAUAUGGAAAAGUAAUGUUAGUUAAAAAAAUUGAUACAGGUAAAAUUUAUGCAAUGAAAAUUUUAGAUAAGAAAGCAGUUGUUGAAACAAAUGAAGUUGAACAUACAAUGGCUGAAAGAGAAGUUUUAGGAACCAUUGAUAAUCCAUUUAUUGUUCAUAUGCAUUAUUCAUUCCAAACAGAGAAUAAGUUAUAUUUUGUAAUGGAUUUUAUAAAUGGUGGAGAAUUAUUCUAUCACUUACAAAAUGAAAGAAGAUUUUCUAUUGCUCGUGCUAAAUUUUAUGCAGCUGAAAUAUUGUUAGCACUAGAACAUUUACAUUUACAUGGUAUUAUUUAUCGAGACUUAAAACCAGAAAAUGUAUUGUUAAAUGCUGAUGGACAUGUAUGUAUCACAGAUUUUGGAUUAAGUAAAACAGGAAUGAAAGGAGAAGGAGAUAUGACAAGUACUUUUUGUGGAACUGCUGCUUAUUUAGCACCAGAAAUUCUAUUAGGAGAGAAAUAUGAUAGUGCUGUUGACUGGUGGAGUUUUGGUAUUUUAACAUAUGAAAUGAUGGUUGGUAUACCACCAUUUUAUAGUGAGGAUGAACGUGAAAUGUAUCAAAACAUUGUUAAUGAAGCUGUUAGAUAUCCACCAAAUACACCAUCUUCUAUUAAAACAUUUAUUGAUGCAUUGUUAGAAAAGAACCCAAGUAGAAGAUUAACAGAUACAACUAUCAUGAAACAUCAUCCAUUCUUCCAAGGACUUGACUUUGAUCGUUUAAUGAAAAAAGAAGUUGUUCCACCUUAUAUCCCUCAAGUUCAUUCAGCUGAUGAUGUUGCUAAUAUCGAUCCAUAUUUCUUAGGAGAAACAGACGCUGCUAUUGCAGAGGAAAAAAAUUCAAAUACUUCAGGUGGACAAGAAUUUAAGUUUGAUGGCUUUACCUAUAUUUCUAAAAAGGAUUAA